CAGUGGUGGAAGCAACAUCUCCUGGUUGCGGUCCGACAGCGCUGCGCAGUGAGAAGCAACAUUUCCCAGUUUGUUCCCGAAGCUGUUUGAGGUGUGACGCGGGGAUGUGGAUUUACAAGAUCGUUCUCGGGCUCGUCCUCGUUUCUUGUUCUGAGGGCAGGCGAAAUGCGCUCCAGGACUAUCAGAAGACUGAGGGUAUCCGGUUGGGCCUGGUGUCUCCUGAUGCCUCCCACUUGACCAAAAGCAGGAAGCUGAGCAUGGCCAGGUGUGCUCGAUCCUGCAGCCGCAACAAAAGACUGCCCUUCACCUGCAGAGCAUUCCUCUAUGAUCAUAAAAACAGGAAAUGCCAGUGGCUGUCAUUUGAUAGGAACGCACCAGGAGCUCAGAGCCAACAGGACUUCAACUACCAACUCUAUCAAAAGAAAGACUAUGUCAGAGAUUGCGUUGUGGGUACAGGUCAGAACUACAGGGGUCCGAGGUCAGUGACAGUGAGUGGGAUCCUGUGCCAGGCCUGGGCCUCUCCUGUUCCUCAUGAACACAAAUUCAUGUCCAAGAGGUUCAGGAAGAAGGACCUCAGAGAAAACUACUGCCGCAACCCAGACAACUCCAGCGUCGGCCCAUGGUGCUUCACCACGGACCCCCGACGACACCUCAGAUACCAGGAGUGUGGCAUACCACAGUGCUCACAGGUGGAGUGCAUGAGCUGUAAUGGGGAAGAUUACAGAGGGCCCAUGGACCACACAGAGAGUGGAAGGGAAUGCCAGCGCUGGGACCUGGAGGAACCACACCAACACCUGUACCACCCCAAGAGGCACCCCAACGAGGGCCUGGAUGAUAACUACUGCAGGAACCCAGACGGACGCCACAGACCCUGGUGCUUUACCACAGACCCUAACACACCCUGGGAGUACUGCGACAUCAAAGUUUGUGAAACCCCCCCUGAAAGUAAUAGGGUGGACACAACCGAGUGUUACCAGGGCAGAGGGCGGGGUUAUAAGGGGACAGUGGACAUGACACCCACCGGACUAACCUGCCAACGCUGGGACUCCCAGCAUCCCCAUAACCACACAUUCUUUCCUCAAGCCUACCCCUGCAAGGACUUGAGAGAAAACUACUGUCGCAAUCCAGAUGGCCAAGAAUCCCCCUGGUGCUUCACUACGGACCCAAGAGUCCGCACAAUGUCCUGCACCAACAUCCCUCAGUGUGGCACCCAGACAAACCGUGUCAGUGUCUGCUACGAAGGUUUUGGAGAGACUUACCAGGGAGAGCUGUCGAGGACUAGAUCAAACCUGCCCUGUGCUCCUUGGACCGACCACAGCAACAGCGGUGAGAGGGACAUGCUGAUGUCUGGCCUGGAGGGAAACCACUGCAGAAAUCCUGAUAAAGACAAACACGGCCCCUGGUGUUAUACCAACAACUCUGCCAUACCCUGGGACUACUGCACUGUAAACCCAUGUGUUGGUUCACAGAACACCAUUCCACUGGGUGAGCUGUCCUCUGUGGGGUGUUUCAUCCAUAAGCGAACAAGGAUUGUUGGAGGAGGUCCAGUGAGAAUAUCAGACGGCAGCUGGAUGGUCAGCAUACAGAAAGGCUCCGUGCACUGGUGCGGGGGUUCACUGAUACGAGAGAAGUGGGUCCUCACUGACAGACAGUGCUUCUCCUCAUGUGUUCCGGACCUCAGCGAGUAUCGGGUGUGGCUGGGAGUCUCUGAUAUUGGAGAGGGCGCUGCUGACUGGUCCAACAGACAGGAAGUCAGCAUAGCUCAUGUGAUAUGUGGCCCAGAAGGCUCGAGUUUAGCCCUCAUAAGGCUGUCGAAGCCUGCACUACCUGCAGACAACGUCCAUACGAUUCAGCUGCCUGUGGCCGGGUGCUCCAUCCCAGAAGGAACGAUAUGUAAAAUGUAUGGAUGGGGCGAGACCAAAGGCACUGGACAUGACGAUGUAUUAAAAGUGGUUAACCUGCCCAUCGUCAGCAACGAGCGGUGUCGAGAAAUGCACAGAGGGAACUUCCACAUCAGCGACACCAAGAUCUGUGCAGGAGGCAGGAGGAAUGAGGGAGUGUGUGAGAGGGAUUAUGGCGGCCCUCUUGUGUGUCAGGAUCGAGACAGCAGGGUUAUUGUCGGCGUGAGCGUCCAUGGCAGAGGCUGCGCUCGGGCCAACCAGCCGGGCAUCUUCAUCAAUGUGCCCUUCUACACCCAGUGGAUCCACAAGGUCUUCAAAUACUACCCCAACCCUGAGACUGAUUAAAGUCAGAGGAGAAUAAACCAGAACCAGGGGACAAAAUCAAGCCCGGAGCCGCGACUUCUGUAAAUCCAGCUGUGCAUUAGGACACCAGAUGUCUAUGUUGUCCAUAGCCCACAGGUCAAUAAGCAACUGAUCAGAGAACAGAUGAAUGGAAGGGGAAACAUUAUGAUUAAAAUGUAUUAUUAACAGACACCACAGUGAUCCUGUGACUCACUGACAGGAAUUAUGAAGAGGAAAAGAAGUAUUCGUAUUUCAGAAAUGGGAAAUGAAGCUACAGCAAAAGAAAAUGACCCGUUCCAAGUUUUAUGUUACAGUUAAAAGGAAAUUUGUCCUUGAUUGAGUUUGAAGCACACCAGACAAAACAUUUGGUUUUCAUGUAUUUUUUUUUGUCUUUUGUUUGGCGAAAUUCACCAGAGCAUGUGUGCAUGUGAAUACUCUUGAUUCCUGGCAUUACUUGAAUGUUCUAAAACACCAAAGUGCAGUGGUUCAGCAGCUCCCUCGGUAGAGUACCUCAAUAGGCCACUUAGAAAAACUAUCCAAUGGUAGGGCAACGUUAAGGGCACUCCCGCCAUAAAGUGGCCCUUACUGUACAUAGUAUUUUAAUGAGUGUAUUUGUGACACUCUACAGGUGAUUUGGGUCUUAUAGAUCUAUAACAAGAGAAAAAUGAAUGUCGUGUUUGGCGGAUGAAUUAUGUACAGAAUGUUAUCUACAUUUCAGCUUUUAGCCAUGUGUCUGUCUCAUCAUGCCGGCUCCACAACAAACUCCAUGUUCAGUAUUGUACUGUUAUCACAAUACCACUGACUGUAUAUCUAUGGAUGCUUGUAGCCUCCUGUGUAGAUAAAGGAAUGUAAGGCAGUCAGCAGAAAAUGUAACGUUCACGUGUACACGCAAGCUUUUUCUAUACAAAAUCAAAUAUUUCCUUAAUAUGCUUAUGUUAAUUCAUCAUGGGUGUGUAUGUUUGUGUGUUUGUGUGUGUGUGUGUGUGCAUUUUUCUGCAGCAGUGCCUGUAUGCAAAAAACAAACUGCAGAAGGAGAGUGUGUGUGUGUGCGUGUGCAUGUGAGGUUGUACAUGUUAGAGCCAGAGCUGAAUGAAUUAUCCUCUCCCAACACUCAGGCCUUGGCAGUCCUCCAAUUCCAAUCCACUCUGGAUAUUAGCCUUGCAAAGUCCGUCACUUUAAACUUUGUCAUGGAAAAGAAGGUUUGCUCUUUGUAACUGUGUUGUCUGUAAUAGACGCUUCACUGAGAUGACUGAAAGGCCCUUGAAACAAAUUAACACCCCUCUUUUACCAGUGUAAAUGAUGGAGCUCGUUUUAUAUUGUAAAUACGUUAUGUUUGUUUAAGAGUGAGUGGGUAAAUGUGUGUGUGUGUGUGUGUGCACUGAAAGAUGCUGCAAGCUGCUAUACCCUAAAGGUUGUACAGUGCUGUCUUCUGUUCUCUGUAUAAUGUACAUUGACUAUAAACUUCAUGUCAUUUUAACCAACACGCUAAAUAUAAAACAUAUUUCCAGCGAUUAUUUUGAAUAUUUUAUGAUGUCUGUCAUAUUAAAUGUUUUUUAUCAAA